AUGUGCCCAGAACCCUCCGAAACGGAUCGAAUAACUUACGAAGAAGCACGUAACGGAGCGGCUGCAUAUCUGCAAUCACGACUCUCAACAAAAAACGAAGAAGCAGACAAAGACUUUGAAAUACCAGUCAUCGAUCUCGAACCAUCAUUCUCCGACUCCCUUUCCGAGCGCCAGAAAGUUGCAGACCAAAUACGUAAAGCAUGCACAACAUCCGGCUUCUUCUACAUCACCAACCACCGAAUCCCAAAGUCGGCUUGCGACGGCAUCUUGCACCAAGCCAAGCGCUUCAUGAAAGAGCUACCACUUGAAAAGAAAGAAGAGCUGCAUUUGAAGAAGAACAAGUUCGGAUUAGGCUGGGAACCGAGCGAAUAUACCUCCAUCGCAGGCGACAAGGAAGAAAAGGAAGUCUUCAAUUUUGCCUACGAAGCCGACCUCGAUCCCACCGGCGGCGACGGCCAGUACAAGAACCUCGAUGGCUCAACCGGCAACGCAAACAUGUGGCCCAAAGAAGAAGAUCUCCCCGGAUUCUACACCAAAGUAAAAGAUUACUACGGCAACGUCCUAAACCUAGCCCGCCACCUCUUCCGCCUCUUCGCCCUCUCCCUCUCCCUCCCAGAAUCCCACUUCGACCCGCUAACCACGCACCCCGGCGGCAUCGCCCGCCUCCUCUACUACCCACCCCCUUCCACCCCCCUNCCCCUCCCUGCCCCCUCCCCUACAUCAACCCCAGACCAGCAAAUCGGCCUAGGCGCCCACUCCGACUACGAAUGCUUCACCCUCCUCCUCCCUUCCUCCACCCCCGGCCUCGAAAUCCUCAAACCAUCGGGCUCCUGGUACAUUGCCCCCCACCUCCCCGGCACCCUCAUCGUCAACGUGGCCGAUUUCCUCAUGCGCUGGACAAAUGGCUUGUACAAGAGUACCGUGCAUCGCGUCGUGAAUCGAUCCCGCGAGGAGAGGUAUAGUGUCCCGUUUUUCUUUUCCGUCAAUUAUGAUGCUGUCGUUGAGACGUUGCCCGGCUGUUUGGACGAGGCCGAGGGCGAGGCUAGGUGGAGGCCGGUGAGGGCCGGGGAGUAUAUUUUGGAGAGGUUGAAUGCUACGACGGCUUAUGGAAAGGGGUUUCAGGCGUAGGUUGGGGGAGAGGGUGUGGGUUCUUUUGUUUUCUCUACUAUGGGAAAUGAAUUUGAUGAUUCUCGGCGUAGUAGCAAUCGUUUUUUUUUGUUUU